CCAUAGACGUUCUACGUGUUCUUACAAGGAAAGAGUUCUAUAUAGCUUGAAUUUAUUAUACAACUCGGUUUCUUCGAUUGUCCGCUUACUCAUUCGAUGAGGCCGACAUGAAUUGCCUUGGAUCCAGGUGAAAAGAGGAUCAUGGAGGAGGUAUCUGCAGCAAUUUCCGGUCCCUGUGCCGUUCCGUUAGGCGAAGCGAUCCGUAACGAUCCGAUAACGAUGAUGCACGCCGGCGUCAAUGGCUGUAAGCUUGUUGCGGAGAAGGCAAGCUCGUUGUCUCCCUCUGAAAACGAGUUGGAUCGAGCUUGUGAGUUUGUAUGUGAAGGUGACAGAGGAGGUAACGGAAUCGUAUCGUGGGACCGAAUCGAGUCCGAUGAUAGUUGUAUUUCGAGAGAACACAAUCAUCGAGGAAUCGAGGAAGAUCGAUCCUUGUUGUCAUUCGAUGGUAAUCAUGAAAACUCAUCGUCCCAAUCUGUAGUAGCUUGUGAUAUCAGUAGCAUCUGUGUUGAGGAAAGUUCAGCUUUAGAGGUUAAUUCAGAGAGAAUUUCAUCAAUUAGUGAUGUUCAAGAUGUGAAGAGAGUUGCAGCCGGUUUCGCGGGGGAUGACGGCAAUAAGUCCGACAAAAAAUCGUCGGUUCUCGAGGUGCCGCAACAAAAGAAGAUACGAAAAACCGAAAUCAAGCAUCGGUUUGAAUUAGGAAACAUGCCCCUUUGGGGAUUUACAUCCAUUUGUGGUAGGAGACCGGAAAUGGAAGACGCUGUUGUCACUAUACCACGAUUUUCGCAAGUUCCUAGUCGAAUGCUGAAAGUCGAGAACAUCGAAAAUGGAACGAAUCAUGGCGUAAGCGAUCUAACGGCUCAUUUCUUCGGUGUGUACGAUGGACAUGGAGGGUGUGAGGUUGCAAACUAUUGCCGUGAACGUAUGCAUUUAGCUAUAGCUGAGGAGAUAGAAACAGCGAUAUCGUGUAUUCGAGAGGGAACUGUCGAGCACGACUGGCAGGAACAAUGGAAGAAAGCAUUCUCCAAUAGUUUCAUUAAAGUCGAUGCUGAGAUCGGAGGAGUUCGUAAAGGUGCAAACAAUACCGAUAACGAGCCUAUUGCCCCCGAAACCGUUGGCUCUACUGCCGUUGUUGCGGUUGUUAGUCCAACACAUAUAAUCGUCGCCAAUUGUGGCGAUUCGAGGGCAGUUCUCUACCGUGGAAAACAUCCCAUGCCCUUGUCCGUGGACCACAAACCUGAUAGGGAAGACGAGCAUGCUCGGAUCGAAGCUGCAGGAGGGAAGGUCAUACAAUGGAACGGAUCCCGUGUUUCCGGUGUUCUAGCGAUGUCGAGGUCCAUCGGUGACAGAUACUUGAAACCAUGGAUAAUUCCGGAUCCGGAAGUGACGUUCUUUCCUCGAGCAAAAGAAGACGAGUGUCUAGUCCUAGCGAGUGAUGGCUUAUGGGACGUCAUAAGCAAUAAGGAAGCUUGCGAAGUUGCUCGAAAACGGAUCCUCCUCUGGCACAAGAAGCAUGGUGAUAAAUUAUCGGCAGAGAGGGGCGACGGGGUCGACCCGGCCGCUCAAUCGGCAUCGGAUUACCUCUCGAAGAUUGCUCUUAGUAAAGGGAGCAGAGACAAUAUCACAGUCAUUGUCUUGGACCUAAAAGCUAAAAGAAAAUUCAAGAAGAAAACUUGAUAACAAGGCUUCUUUGUAC